UCGUAUGGCUAUUAUUAUUAAUCGUGAUAACGUUAUUUUUUAUUUCUGGCGAGUUUAUAAAUUCAGUUGAAAACAAGUGAUAAUUGUUAAUCUUCAUUAUUUGACAACAGUUGCUCCUGGCAAGAGGUGGCCAAGAAGAAAAUACUUUAAAGGACAAGGUCAAGAAUUUUUACAGUAUUAACUCGACUAGUGGUGGUUUUUUCUGCUGUUGGAUUUGUUUUAUUUUGUGUUAAUUGUGAUAUUUAAAAAUGUCGGUAAUUACAACGAAACAGUGUGCUUGCAAAUGGGUACUUCAGCACCAGCACAAGCUGAAGCAGGCCGCAAGAGCCUGUUCACUGAAAGUUAAAGAACAAUUGGGGUUGGAGGAAACGAGGACCUACGAACAUUAUAACGAAUCUGAGUACACAUUCAAGCAUUCCGAUUUGAGGACGACGCUGGCUGACCCAAGCCAACUUAGAGCCAAGCCGGAAGUCAGCGACCUGAAGUUCGGCCAUAUCUUCACCGACCACAUGCUCAAAGUGUUCUACCACAAGCAACUGGGCGGAUGGCAGAAACCCGUCAUAAUACCGUUCGAGAACAUUUCACUUCAUCCCGCCGCAAAGGUGCUUCACUACGCAAUCGAGCUCUUCGAAGGUCUGAAGGCGUACAGGGGCGUCGACGGGAAAAUACGGAUCUUCCGGCCGGACAUGAACAUGAACCGCAUGAACCAGUCGGCGCAGAGUUCCGGCCUGCCCACCUUCGACGGACAGGAGCUGAUCAAGUGCCUGAACCGGCUGAUCCAGGUCGACCAGGAAUGGGUACCGCACGCGUCCGGAAGCAGCCUCUACAUUCGACCCACACUAAUCGGCAUUGAUGGUACUCUAGGGGUUCAGCAAUCGGAAUCAGCUCUUCUGUUCACCAUCUUAUGCCCAGUAGGCAACUAUUUCGCCGGCAAAAGCGAAUCGGUCUCCCUCUUCGCCGAUCCCUCGUACACCAGAGCGUGGCCGGGCGGCUGCGGCGACAAAAAGAUGGGCUCGAACUACGGCCCCACGAUCCGGGUGCAAAACCAGGCGUUGCGCCGGGGCAGGCAGCAGGUACUGUGGCUGUACGGUCCAGAAAAUCAGAUCACCGAGGUGGGAACCAUGAACAUAUUCGUGUUUUACAUCGACGACAAUGGAGACAAAGUAUUAGCCACGCCGCCACUCAACGGGUUAAUUUUGCCCGGAGUCAUCAGACAGUCCAUCCUGUCGUUGGCACGUGAAUGGAAAGAAUUCAGGGUUGAAGAACGGGUCGUUACCAUGAAGGACGUCAUCAAACUUAUAAAAUCAGAAAGAUUAUUGGAGAUGUUCGGCUCAGGUACUGCCUGCGUGGUCAGUCCGGUUGAUUCGUUGGAGUUCCUCGGGGAAGUGUAUGAAGUACCGACCAUGUAUCAAACAAAUCCAGUAUUCAAAAGGUUUAAGGACACGUUGUACGCCAUACAGUAUGGCGAGAUAGAACACCCUUGGGCUCCAGUGAUAGAAUAACGAAAAAAAUUGAUUAAUCCACCAAUUACAAGGAGACUGUGUUACCAAUUUUAGAAAUAGAUCAUGUACUAUUGUUCCUAACACCAUUCCAUCAUUUAAUUCAUUCUUACAUUAGAUGUUUUUUAGAAUGUGUAAAUAGUAGUGUAAAUUAUUCAUUUAUAGUUUGUUUAUUUAUUUAUUUUUUAUAUUAUAUAAGUGUUUAAGAUGUCUAAAAUGGUUCGGAAAUGAUGCAUUCAUUUUUAGAAUAAUACAAUGUAUGAUGUACUAAAAAUAUUUAUUGUUGAAUUCGUAUAAUUACAUGGACAGUUGUAAUAUUUUUACAGCCAAAUAAAACUUUUAAUAAAUUACAUA